CCAAUCCGUAGCUGUAGAUGGGAGGGUUUAUGCCAUGUGACACAAACCGACCAGUUACAGACGCAGGUUCCGAGUUCCCUUAUUUGCAUGGGAGGGCUAUAAAAGCAGCAGCAGCCCGGGAGGAGGAAAGAAUAGUUUUCUCGUAUAUCGGAAAGCGUAAGGUUAGUUGAUCAUGCCUGAACCAGCCAAGUCCGCUCCAGCCCCGAAGAAAGGCUCCAAGAAAGCGGUGACCAAGACCCAGAAGAAAGAUGGGAAGAAGCGCAGGAAGACAAGGAAGGAGAGUUACGCUAUUUACGUGUACAAGGUGCUGAAGCAGGUGCACCCCGAUACCGGCAUCUCCUCCAAGGCCAUGAGCAUCAUGAACUCCUUUGUCAACGAUGUGUUUGAGCGCAUCGCAGGGGAAGCUUCCCGCCUGGCUCAUUACAACAAGCGCUCCACCAUCACCUCCCGGGAGAUCCAGACCGCGGUCCGCCUGCUGCUGCCUGGGGAGCUGGCCAAGCACGCCGUGUCCGAGGGCACCAAGGCUGUCACCAAGUACACCAGCGCCAAGUAACUGCUCCCCAUCUCC